AACCUAGCAAUAAAAGAAACUGUACUUUAUUUGGCAAAACAUAAUGUUCACUGCCCGCCAUCACACUGGGACGUGCGACUGUACAGACAGACUAUCCGACCGGUACACACGCUCUAGUUACGUUGUCAUAACUCUUCGAGCGAGGCGUCAAGAUAUGUGCCCUAGAUUCGAUUACAUGUCAUCGGUUCAAGGUAGUUAGGUUCAUAUACAAAGCAAGCUGCAAAGUCAACAUUCAUGGGAUAAUAUAGGUGUGCGUUUACUCAACCCUCGAGUAAAGAACGCACUGAAAGCUCUAUAGACCACCUAGUUUUCUAACUAGGAAGUAAACCGGGUCAAACCAACUUGACAAUUGUCCACACCUUUGACGGAGAAAGCUGAGGUCAUAAAGCCUCAACGUAGACGCAUGAGCAGAGUCACGAGCCUUCGCGGUGACGGCGUAGAAGGAUUUAGACUGAAAGCACGUGUUUUUGGUAUAAUCCAGUGAAUCAUGAUCGAAAAAAUAUGUUGAUUUCGUCACGGACUAGGACACCCAAGUGACGUUUGAACUGGCUUCAAAACACUUUAUAAAAUAGGAUCGGUGGAAAAGCGAUUCUCACACAGGGAAGAGACAGCGGUUGAUGAAAUACGACACUACCCACAGUCCUCAAACAUGAUUGUCGCGUGGCUGUGCGUUCUUCUAGUCGUUUCAGGCCAUGGUACAGGUUUCGCCCUUGCCCAGAGCACGACCCAAACUUCAGUUACUACGGCAACCAAGCCAGGAACCACAAUGCCUGGAACCACCACCACCACCAUGGCUGCUUCCGAUAUACCUAGUAGCAGUUCCUCUCCAGGGGGAACAGCUUCCACAACUGUUAAAAGUACAACCACUCGCACAACCUUACAAACUGGACAAACUGCCACCUCCACAACAGGACAAGCAGCCACAACCUUACCUAGACAAACUACCACAACCACAACUGGACAAGCAGCUACAACCUUAACUGGUCAAACUACCACAACUGGACAAGCAGCCACAACCUUACCUGGACAAACUACCACUACCACAACUGGACAAGCAGCUACAACCUUACCUGGACAAACUACCACAACCACAACUGGACAAGCAGCCACAACCUUACCUGGACAAACUGCCAUUGCCACACUUGGACAAUUUGCUACAACCUUACCAGGACAAACAACCACUACCACAACAGGACAAGCAGCCACAACCUUACCUGGACAAACUACCACUGCCACAACAGGACAAGGAGCUACAACCUUACCAGGACAAACAACCACUACCACAACAGGACAAGCAGCCACAACCUUACCUGGACAAACUGCCACUACAACCACAGGACAAGCAGCAACAACCAUACCUAGACAAACUACCACUACCACAUCUGGACAAGCAGCAACAACAAAACCUGUACAAAUGACCACUACCACAACAGGACAAGCAGCAACAACCAUACCUAGACAAACUACCACUAUCACCACGGGACAAGCAGCUACAACCUUACCUGGACAAACUACCACUACAACAACAGGACAAGCAGCAANCCUUACCUGGACAACUACCACUACAACAACAGGACAAACAGCUACAACCAUACCUAGACAAACUACCACAAGAGGACAAGCAGCAACAACCUUACCUGGACAAACUACCACUACCACAACAGGACAAGCCAGUACAACUUUACCUGGACAAACUACCACAACCACAACUGGACAAGCAGCUACUACCUUACCUGGACAAGCAACCACAUCUUCUACAAUACACACAACCACAAAUGGACAGAUUACCCAAACCCCCACCACUACUACAACAACGGGAGGUCUCACAACCAAUCCUCCAACCACAACCACACAAAACAUGGGAAAUAGAUCAAAUUUUUCAUCAAGUUAUAUAACCAGCACCCCUUCAAGCACUACCAAAUAUGCUUCAACCACAUCAUCAUCAUCAUCUGAAAGUGCUACAUCCAAAACCACAAUACAGCAGGUAGAAUCAACCACCCCUGGGCAACCAUCUUCAAUCUCCUCAGUAACAACACCUUUCUCCACUCAAACAGCAUCAAGUGUGUCUACUUUUACAGGCUCAUCAGCAACAAUUAAUCUUUCCUAUUCAAGUACCACACCAAAUAACACAACCAAUACAACAAGCACUUCAAAAACAACUCAACAAGCAGUUGCAACCACCCCUUCUGUAACACCUACUGAUGCAACAUCGACCACACCUAGCAUUAAAACCAUACCAACUACAGGUGAUCUUUUCCAUCAAAGUACCAGAGCAACAACCAUACCCAUUAAUUCAACUCUAGGUACAACAACCACUUCCUCGACUAGCACUACAAUAAGUUUCAGUAUACCUUCUUUAAAUACAACAGCUACUGAAGUAACCACUUUGCCAUCUGGGACCUCAAAAAAUAUAAGUUAUAGUACACCAAGUUUCCCCCCCUCAAACAAAACAAAUGCAUCAGAAAGCACCACCCUUUUGACCACUUCAGCUACCAGUAGCACAAUAAAUGCAACUGUUAGUACCACUAACAAAAUUUCUUCAGUUUCAGUAACUAAAACUCCAAACAUCUCUACUACAGGUGCAACACUAAGUACAACUACUCUGUUUCACACUAAUGCCUCACCUACAAGUACAACCAAAAGUACCACCACUUCUUUGGUUGAAAGCACAACAGCCACAACACCUGCACCUUUAAAUACAACAAUGGCUUCUGAAACUUCUACUACCCCUAGAAGCUCUACAUAUAGUACAACAAGCACGGAAACAAGUGUGUCUCCGACAAGUACCAAUACAACCAUAACACCCACCCGGACAAUCCUCAGUACAACAAGUACAGCUAGUAGUACCAUAUCUAGUACAACAGCAUCUAGUACAACAACAUCUAGUUCAACAACAUCUAGUACAACAUUAUCUAGUACAACUAUAUCCAGUACAACAACAACCACUGGUACAACACCUACUACCACUCCUACUACCACGAGUACAGAACUUGGUACCAGUCCCAGUACAAUUCAAAGUACCAUAGCUUCUACCACUAACACAUCCCUUUCAAGCACCACAAUAAGUACUGCAAGCACCAUGAAAAUCAUACCAUCUACAAGCACCACUAUGGAAAGUACAGCGUCACUUAGUACUACAAGUAAUACCACACAAUCUGGUGCAGGCAAGACUUCUACCCAAACUAUGGCAGAGCAACAGAAAUUGGCCCUGUACAUAGCUCUGCCCAUAGUGUUGAUACUGGUGAUAGCAGCAGCCAUAUUUGGAUUGUGGCUCUUUUGUAGAAGACGAAGAGGAGGUUUGUCCAUAACGGAUAAGGAUGACUUCAAUAUGCUCACUUAUAGCAGGUUUGAAGAUGCUGCCUCAGGGGAUCCAUAUGAAUAGUCUGAAGUACAGCAUUUGUUCAAAGACUUGUAGCCUGAAUAUUAACUUCUUCUGCGACUUUCAUGAGGACUGCAAUUCCACAUUCAUAACAUCAGGAGCACAUAUUAUGUAAUAUGGUAAUAUCUGUCUGAAUGGAACCCGCAGAGCAAACACUUCCAAGUUCAGUAUAAAAAUUGGUACCCACAAAUGAUGGAAU